AUCAAGGGCGACGAAAACUGAAGUCUGCUGCCCUGCACACACCUCGCGCUGUAAAAACAACGUAUCACCUGGAGACAGAAGCAAAGGCUGCCAUUUACUGUAACCCCAAGAUGGACGUGAAAGAGGAGAUUGGUGAAGAAGAUUUGAAGGCCAUGGAGAUAAUGACUGUGAGCAUUAAGGAGGAGGACUGUGAAUGGGACUCUGGAUAUCCUAACCAGGACAGUCUCUGCAUUAAGGAUGAGGAUUAUGAAUCUGUGACCGUGGGCGCCAAAGAAGAGACGGGGGAGAGGUCUCUCAGCAUUGAGAUGCACAAUCAUAAAAGUGUGGAGCUGGUGGGGAGAUCUGAAUCAUUACAGACAGACACAAAGAGGUCUCAGGACGUUUCAUCUGUUCAAACUCCACAGAAUUGGACAUCACCUUCAAAACAAUUUGGAGAAAGGAACAAAGCUCACUGCUGUUCAGAAUGUGGCAAACGAUUCUGUGACCGGAGUACUCUUCAGAAACACACUAGGAUUCACACUGGUGAGAAGCCCUACUACUGUUCUGAAUGUGGCAAAAGAUUCUCCCAGAUUGCUCAUCUUCAGAGACACUCACGAAUUCACACCGGAGAGAAGCCAUAUUGCUGUUCAGAAUGUGGCAAACGAUUCUCACGAAUCACCCAUCUUGAGACCCACACUAGAAUUCACACAGGAGAAAAACCAUACUGCUGUUCAGAAUGUGACAAACGAUUUUCUCGAAUUGCCAAUUACCUAAGACAUGCAAAAAUUCACACUGGAGAGAAGCUCUACAGCUGCUCUCAAUGUGGCAAACAAUUUUCACGAAUCUCCCAUCUCCAGACCCACAUAAAAAUUCACACUGGUGAGAAGUCAUUUUGUUGUACUGAAUGUGGUGAAGGAUUUUCUCAAUUAAGUGAUCUCCAGAGUCACGCAAAAUCUCAUACUCGUGAGAAACCAUAUUACUGCAGUGAAUGUGGCAAACAAUUCAAACAUAUGAUCAGCCUUCAGACCCACAUACGCAUUCACACGGAAGAGAAACCAUUUUGCUGUUCUGAGUGUGACAAACAGUUCCUUUAUAGAAGCAGUCUUCUAACCCACUCAAGAAUUCAUAUGGGAGAGAAAACUCACUGCUGCCCUACAUGUGGCAAACAAUUCUCAAAAAUGAUCACUCUUAAGAGCCACAUUAAAAUUCACACUGGAGUGAAGCCAUAUUCUUGUUCUGAAUGUGGAAAACAAUUCUCUGGCAACAGCUAUCUACUGAUACACAAAAGAAGUCACACUGGGGAGAAGCCGUAUUCUUGUUCUGAAUGUGGAAAACAAUUCUAUGACAGCAGCCAUCUCCAAAGACACAAAAGAGUUCACACUGGCGAGAAGCCAUAUUGCUGUGUGGAAUGUGGCAAUCGAUUCUCAAGGAAGGUCAACCUUAAGACCCACAUCAGAAUUCACACUGGAGAAAAGCCAUAUUCUUGUACUGAAUGUGGAAAACAGUUUUCGGAUGGUAGUCAUCUUCAGAGGCACAAAAGAAUCCACACAGGAGAGAAGCCAUAUUGCUGUUCUGAAUGUGGGAAACGAUUCUCCCGAAUGAGCUGCCUUCACAGCCACUCGAGAAUUCACACCGGAGAGAAGCCGUAUUGCUGUAUAGAAUGUGGCAAACAGUUUGCACAAUUAAGCAGUCUUCAUACUCACACCAGAAUCCACAGUGGGGAGAAGCCGUAUUGCUGCAAGGAAUGUGGCAAACAAUUUGCACAAUUAAAUAGUCUUCAUAGACACAGAAGAUUUCAUACUGGGAAUGAUAGUGGGAUGGAUGUAAAAGAGGAGACGUAUGAAGCUGACACGAAUUUCACAAAGGAAAGGACCAUAAAUGUUAAAGGAGAGGACAGUGAGUGGAAGUGUGUAAAACCUAAACAGGAGAGUUUGAGCAUUAAGAAUGAGGACUGUGAGUUGGGGUCAGUGGGCAUUAAAGAAGAGGCUGAGGAGAAGUCUGUCAGCAUCAAGAUGCACAAACAUAAAAGUGUGGGGAGUGUCGAGGAAGAUGGUGGGUGUCAAGAUGGAGCAGUGAUCGGGUUCAUCUCUUCUCUAGAGCCUUCUAUGAAGGUGAAGUCUGAAUCGUCACAGUCUGGCAUAAGGAGAACUGAGGAAACUUCAUCUUUUGGAACUCAGGAAGAUCAGCAACUACCUACAAAUCAGUCUGGAGCAAGAGACAAGCCUCACUGCUGUUCUGAGUGUGGCAAACGAUUCUCUCGAGUCAUCUAUCUGAGGACCCAUGCAAAGACUCACACCGGAGAGAAGCCAUACUGCUGUUCUGAAUGUGGUAAGCGGUUCACACGAAGCGACAACCUUAAAACCCACACAAGACUUCACACAGGAGAUAAGCCAUACGACUGUUCUGAAUGUGGCAAACGAUUCAUGCGAGUCAAUAUCCUUCAGACUCACAUAAGAAUUCACACGGGAGAACAGAGAUUUUGCUGUUCUGAAUGUGGCAAACAAUUUUCGGAUAACAGCAAUCUUCGCAUCCACACCAGAAUUCACACUGGAGAGAAGCCUUAUUGCUGUGCUGAAUGUGGCAAAAAAUUUUUGCAAUUCAACUAUCUUCAGAAGCACAGUAGAAUUCACACUGGUGAGAAGCCUCAUUGCUGUCCUGAAUGUGGCAAACAGUUCUCCAGGGUCGCCAACCUUCAGGUUCAUGCUAGAAUUCAUACUGGGGAGAGGCCAUAUUGCUGUUCUGAAUGUGGUAAGCGAUUUUGUGUAAUGAAAAGUCUUCAGGUUCACACAAGAAUUCACACUGGGGAGAAGCCAUUUUGCUGUUCUGAAUGUGGCAAGAAGUUCUCUGACAAGAGUAGUCUCUACCGGCACACCAAAAUUCAUACUGGAGAGAAGCCAUAUUGCUGUUCAAAAUGUGGGAAGCAUUUCUCCAGCAGGAGCCAUUUUCAAAUCCACCUGAGAAUUCACACAGGAGAAAAGCCAUACUGCUGUUCUGAAUGUGGUAAGCGAUUUUCCAACUGCACUCACCUACAGCAUCACACAAGAAUUCACAAUGGAGAGAAGCCAUAUUGCUGUUCUGAAUGUGGAAAAAGCUUCUCCAGACACAGUAGUCUUGUGGUGCACAUGAGAGUUCACACUGGAGAGAAGCCAUAUUGCUGUCCUGAAUGUGGCAAACUAUUUACAGACAGGAGUGGUCUUCGUUACCACACAAGAAUUCAUGCCAUUGGGAAGAAUGUGGAGACUACACUGAACCUUCAUGGCAAACGUAAGAGACCAAAAAGAAAUGCAGUACAGAAUUGUGAUACUGUUAGUGAGGGAGGUUCACUCCUACCGUGACAGCAUGAAAAAAAAAACAUAUGGGGACCCCCAGAAGAAAUUGUAUUACUGCUCGAAAUGUAGCAGGUGCUAUUGGCAGUCCACAUGCAGUAUAAGAAUUCAUAAUGUGGAGAAGCCUUCUGAAUGUUUCUAAUGUGGGAACAUUCAAGUCUUUGAAGACUUGAUAUGAACUUAUGGAACUUCCCAUUAGACAGAAACCUAAUAGCGUUUCUGAAUGAAGCACAUUAUUUUUCAGAUUUGGACAAUAGUGCCUGAAGAAACGUAUUUUAAUAUUGUGAAUGUUGCAAUUUCUCACUUUGAGUAGUCUUCAGAAAUACUCUGGAGUUCCCAUAAGAUAACUCAAGGCAUCAAUAAAAAAAUGUUCAAACAAUUUAGUACCAGUUCUGAUAGACAAAACUAAAGAUGGGUCACAUCUGUAGUAACAAUUAGAAGGCAAUGACGGAUGAAGAGGCAAAAACAUUUCCAGACUCCAACAUUGGUAACUCUUAAAUGAAAACACCAACGGUAGAAAAACUGGGAGCCACACACUAGAAAGAUAAACAGAGGAGGAGAUGUAAGUCCAUGGAACAUUCCAGUCUCAACUGACAAAAAAACGAAUGCCAGCAAAUAAGACAUAAUGAGGCAGGCAGUGUGUCCUAGUGGUUACGGCAUUGGACUCUGAAGUUUUGAGAUUAAAUAGUUUGAAUCUAUCUGUCUAUAAUAUAGUGCCUACUAUGCCAAAAUUAAAAUUCUAUCUAUAGUCAUUGAAAAAGUUUGGGUACCCCUCUCAGCCUGCAAAAUAAUUGACUCUCCUUUCAAGACAAUGACCCAAAACACAGUUGGAAAUCUACAAAGGCAUUCAUGAGAAGUACAAUGUUCUGGAAUGGCCGUCACAGUCCCGACUUGAAUAUCAUUGAACGUCUAUGGGAUGAUUUGAAGCAGGCUGUCUGUGCUCAGCAGCCAUCAAAUUGAACUGAAGUGGAGAGAUUUUGUAUGAAGAAUGGUCAACAAUACCUCCAUCCAGAAUCCAGACACUCAUCAAAGGCUAUAGGAGGACAGCGUCUAGAGGCUGUUAGAUUUGAAAAGGAGGCUCAACUGAGUAUUGAUGUCAUAUCUCUGUUUA